UGAAAGAUUCCUUUCACCAAAACAAGCAUCGAAAGAAACUUUUUAGAUCCUUUGCGGACAUGUAAGAGAAUCACAGAUGAAUUCCCUGAUACCCGCUGAGGCGAGAUUCUUGACUUUAGGAAGCAAAGGAGUCGGCAAAUCAGCCUUAACUGUUCGUUUUCUGACGAAGAGAUUUAUUGGCGAAUAUCAGUCACUUAUGCAAUUAACCUACAGUCACAAAAUCAAGCUGGACGAUGAAUUUCUGACAUUUGAGUUUCGUGAUACCAUUGAAAAGAGCGAUACGUCUCAAGUUGAUAAAGACAUCAAAUGGGCCGACGCUUUUCUCGUGGUGUAUUCCAUCACGGACAAAAACAGCUUUAAUAAUGCCAUACAUCUGGUUGAAGCAAUCUACGACGGCAAAGGCACAGAUGAAUUGCAUGUCGCUCUGGUGGGAAACAAGAUAGAUCUGGAGCAUUUCAGAAAAGUAACCACAAAGGAGGGCCAAUCGGCUGCUGAACAGCUCGGAUGCAUGUUUUUCGAAGUUUCCGCUGCAGAAAAUUACGAUAAUGUUCAGGAGGCGUUGAAUGUUGUCUUCCGAAGGGUGGCGCUUCACAAGAAAUACUUGCGACAGGAGAAGGAAAAGCGAAAAAACACUAAUCCACAGAUAGAGAAAAAGAAACAGAAAUUUGGAAAUUCUCUUUUCAACUGGAAAAACGAGAAAAAGAGAAGUCCAAGACGAGCAGACACACUUUAAUUUUAAAAUUAGUGUUCUGUUGACUAGACUGAUCUUCGACGACCUAAAUUUUCCUACGAGUUAUCAAGCUGGGCUAGUAACAGUUUGAUGAGGUCUUCUCGUGCCUUUCUUCUUGACUGCGAUAAAAAUAAGUUCCCUACAAGAUUAAAAUACCCGAAAAGUGA